UCAGAGUUCGAACUAUUAUUAUUACGAGUAUGCGGCAGAUGCAGUAUAAGCUCGCAGACGACCCACAUAUAUUUUUUCUGACUGUCAAACUCGCGGUUUAAAACAAUGCUAUUUCCUUAGUUAAUGUUAUGAUUAUUAUGACAUUGGUGGAUUGGAAUUGUGAUACCCUACGACGAUGAGAGCAACGGGUUUCUGCAAGCAUCGGAAAUUCCAAUUGGCAAAAUGAUUUCAUACCGGCUUUUUUAGUGUUUCCGUGAGCGAUUCAACGAGAACAAAAAUAUAUAAGUUUUUUGCACCUUUUGCUGAUUUUUUGGUGUAUAUACUCAUCGGGAUGAAAGGAUGAUUACUUUAUUCUGACUGAUCUUUUCGAACAAGUUUUUAUCAAUUUUACAACUAGGAGUUUAAAGAACUGAUUUGGAAUUAUGUUUAUUACAGUGAAAUACGGAGAAAAGGAGGAAGCUCUCUUCAACCCUAAUUGUAAAACAAUGCUUCUACUAGAAGACAUCAAGCGAAGAUGCAAGUGUAGUAUGGGAGUUGAAGUAGAUCUUUCAGACCAGGAAGGGAAUAUCAAACAUCUCAGCGAAUCACCUCAGAGGUACGCCAACGAGGUCCUCAAAGAAAGAGAAUCAUUCGUUCUCAUCAAAGUCGAAAAAAACGACGUAUCAUCCAAACCUCAUUACAUUCCUUUAUUGAACGACAACGAGGCAAUCGAUGCGGCAUUUUUAGCUCGGCUUUCAACGAAAGAGAACCUCAGCCUGUCAAGUGGCAAGACAACCGGAAAGAAGAAGAGUAACAGGAAUGCCGAUAGAGGGCGCGAUUCACAACGCGGUCGAACGGGUGCCAAGUCGACGACACCAACCGGGCGACGAAAACAGAGCCAAGAUAGAAAAUAAUUAACAUCAUCUAAAAACAAAUAAAGACUUAUUAGCAGUUAAUGAAAUUUUAGCUUCAUUAAAGUAAUAUGUGCGUCAGCUGACAUGGGGAAUGGAUUUGCUGACCCCAGACUUUGUAACAAGCACUGGCAAUACGUCUUUUGGGGGAAAUACCAGCGAGAAAUCCGCUAAAUUGCCAAUUCGUCUAUUGAUAACUCGUCUGCUCAUCACAUGGUCUAACUUCAUUUAGUCUUAUGCCAUUCCGUCCAUUAACAGUGAAAGUCUGCGAGAUUAUUCAUGUUCCUCUUCAGAACAUGUGUCGAUAGACUUGCUGGUUCAUGAAGAAACAGGAACUAAAAUACGCCUUACCAUUAGAUAAUUUCCAGUGGCAUUACAUAACAUUAUAAAUCUUGUUACCCUCUAGGUAAUUUAUAUCCGAAUGUUGUCAAAGUCUCCAUAAAAACAGACCGUAAUGCACUGUUAAAAAUAAUUUUAACAACGCUGUUUACUAUGUGAAUCACACAGUGGUUGUUUAAACAUUUUAAACUAGGGUUUAAAAUCUUAAACAACAAAGUUUAAAUUCAAAUAUAUAAUUAUCAAUAAUUUAAGCAUGGUUGUUUAAUAUUCAAAACACUUGUUUAAACUGUUUAAACAACUACUGUGCGAUUCACAUAGUAAACAGCGUUGUUUAAAUUAUUGAGUGUGUGCCUUUAAAUCUUACACGCUAAAUGGUCCAAUACCUUGGCCCUUUACUCUGCAGGCACACGCCCUGAUUGAAACUUUGAUCAACAAGUGGGUCUCCACACGAAGACUAGCAUAUAUAAAACUUGUUGUUUCAAUUCACAAGACAUUAUAGGCUGCACAUUCAGACCGUUAACUCGAGUGAAGGUUUUGCACUGCAGAUUACGACCGGUUCCGGUCGACGACUGGCGACUCUCUCUAUAAGUUUGAUUCUAACAUGUCUAAUGGGAUCGUAGCUAUGCGCUCUCGGUAUUGUUGGCUUAUACCUUGGUCACAUUUGCUCUGCGGCGGCCGUACGGCGAGUCGAAAACAGCUGUUUUAACAUUUUUUGUCCAACUACAUAUAGGUGGUUUGAAUUAAAAUUAAUAAAACGGCUGUUUUUGACUCGCCGUACGGCCGCCGUAGUGCAAAUGUGACCAAGGUAUUACUGAAACCUCAGAGAAUUGUUAUUUUUGCCUUCAUGAAACGAUUGCAAUCUUAGGAAGAUUAAUGCAUCAUUCAAACAUGAUUAGUACGAUGAAACAUAUUCCUUUUACCAGUUUACCAUCCUGUUCCUCAUAUUAAACAACUAUUAAACUGAAUCGAAUUAACUCUAAUGUUCAAUCUUCGUCUGCUAUAUACAAAUCUUAUAAAUCUAAAGAAUAAGUCUUAUCGAUGAUUCAUUCAGGUCAAUGACAUGAAUGAGGUACAUACGGGGAGGGGCGCUUUGGGGCAUUUCCCCCCAAAAUUUCUACUAUGCCUAGGGGAUGGGGAAAAUAAAUCCUAAGAAAACACAGAAAGAAAACGAAAGAAAGUUAGAAAAAAAUAUGAAAGUGUAAAUAUAUAUUCCGGAUAUCAUGUUAAAGUUUGUCACAAAAACAUUUUAUUUUAAAUUUGAAUAUUUUGGCUCGCUUACUUCACUCAGUCUCUUUAGGCCAUCUCGUGUCCCGUGAAAUUUUCGACUCAUUGCGCCAUUAAUUCAAGUCCUUAUGUCAGGUCCUACUAGCAAUUGAGUCGUGGAACUCUUGUUGGAAUGCUCCCCAGGGAGUGGAGAAGGUGCAUACAUUGUAUGCGGGCAUGCAAGGAUCCGAUGACCGGGGUAAUAAUAUAUCUGUAAAGCGCUUAGAGACGUCGUUUCGAUGUGUUAAGCGCUAUAUAAAUGCGGAAUAUUAUUAUCAUUAUUACUAUAUAGAUAGACGUGAAUGGCUAACAUUCCUACAACCCCCACUGUGUGCAGAGGAAAUACUUUAGAUAUUACUAAUAUUUAUAUGAUUAUCAAGGAAAUUACGCUAUCAUGACUUGUGUACGUUGAGCGUGUAGGUUGACUAUGAGCCACUCUUAACCCCUAUGUGAUACACACCCCUGGUUAAAUUUGUAAUUAUCUCAUUUUUUAGACAAUGCUGUAUAGUAUAAUAGUUCAAGAUAAUGCAUCGAACAAUCAAAAUACUUGUAAAUAAAGAGUUAUAUUAAUCACUUCUUAACGAUGUUCUAGAAUAAAAAAAUUAUUUCAAC